AUGAUCAGACAGAUGGGUUCUCGCCUCUUUCAACAACGCCAGGCUGCACAGCGGCGACAGCAAUCUCAGACGGAACCUAACAGCCAGCCAGCAUUAGAGGCCGUCGCAGAACAACAGCGUGCUGCAGUGGCAGUCAUGGAGCUGCCUCAGGAACAUGUCAACCCCCAAGCCUUGACCAACUUCUUCACCUGCACCCUACCAGUUCUGCCCGGCGCCGUGCCAAUACCAACCCGUCUUCUACAUGAGUCGGCGGCCAAGAGUACACAAUUCCGACAAGAACGCACUCAAACGAAUGUGGGCAAAAUCCCGCCGGCCCACGAUUGCGCCCUGGCACUGGCCGACUCCGAAAAAUAUGACAUCGUCCUUCUCCAAGAACCCUGGACGGAGGCAAAGAACUCAAGAUGCCUCACCAAGACUCACCCAGCCUACGACACCUGUUCGCCCCUAGACAGCUGGGAUAGCAAUGGCACGCGGCCGAGGGUCAUGACAUACAUCCGUAAGGACUCACGCAUUUUCGCAACAGAAACGACCGACACUCGCCCGAGACAUACUGUGACUUACGGUGAACGGCACGUCCUGCUGCGGUGGCCGGCACCAGAAAGGACCCUUGUGGCUGGUGACUUCAAUGCUAAGCAUUACUCCUGGCAAACCGGACGACUGGAGGGCCGUGGAGACGACAUUGCCACCUGGGCAGCGGAAAACGGCCUGAAUCUGUUGAACACGGCGGACGUGCCGACAAACCCGCAUGGCAACACAAUCGACUUGGCUUUCUUCAACAUCACUUUGGCAUCCGCGGUUGUGGAAGACCGUCUCGCCACGAGCUCUGACCACUUCACUCUAAGUCUCAUACUUCCCGAUGUUAGCCGGAGCCUGCCACAGGCGCUGGGCAAAGUGCGUGUCACGACUGAAGAGGAGCUGAAAGGCUUCAAGGAACUCGUUGCCGCUGGAGCUUGUCGAAUACCAACAGACACGGCAACAGCCUCGCAGCUUGACACACUUGCCGCGGCGCUUGUUGACCUCCUCCAGUCGGCUGCCAGAGCUGCCGGUCGCCCCGUACGGAAAGGAACGCGAAGUGCGCCGUGGUGGACCGACGAGUGCGCCGAAGCCGCCGCGGAGUACCGCGCCAUACGAGGAAUUCUCCCUUUAGGAUUCAGUCAGGAAGUCCAACUAGCGAGAAGAGAGUUCCAGCGUGUCGUCCGCCGUGCCAAACGGCAGUACUGGCGCAACCUCAUCGACGGCUUCUCGGAUAGCGCAUCGGUCUACAAGGCAGUCCGGUGGCUCAAAUCACCAGGGGCUUUCCAGCCUCCACCGCUUCAAAUUGUUGACGUUGUACACGAAACCCAGCUGGAUAAAGCGAAUGCGCUGAGACGCAGCACUCUUGAACGCUGCACGGCGGCGGAUGACUCUAACGACUAA